AUGUUCGGCGCACUAAAUCGAUUUAUGAGCCGCUUGGAUGGUGAACCCAUUCAGCAGUCUCGGAGCGGACCGAACGAUACUGCCUUUGGUUUCCAAGUCCUCCGCAACAAAGACGCCGAGAUCCCCUUGGAGCCAUGGUUUGAUUUUAUUGUUGGAAUCAAUGGCCAUACAAUUGAAGAUCCGGACCCGAAGCUCUUUGCGACGGAAGUCCAGAAUUGCGCCGGCUCGAGCGUGACCCUGGAAGUCUGGAGCGCGAAGGGCCAACGAACGCAUACCGUCAGCGUCCCCGUACCCACGACCAACCCGUCCCUCGGCGUCGCACUCCAGCUUGCCCCCCUUUCAUCUACACAGCACAUCUGGCAUGUCCUCGGGAUUCCUUCACCUCUUAAGUCCAGCCUACCUGGGACAUUACGCGGGGAAUCGGCCCUUGGAGAGCUGGUGGAAGACCACCUCAACCGCACUUUAGUCUUGUGGGUUUACAACAGCGAGUUUGACGUUGUGCGUGAAGUCGAACUUGUACCUACUCGAGGCUGGGGUGGUGAGGGCGCCGUUGGUGCGGAGCUAGGCUACGGUGCUCUGCAUCGACUUCCUGUGGGUCUAGGUGAAGAGGUGGAAGGACCUGGCGAGGUCGUCUUUGAAACGCGUGAAGAUGGCUCUGCCGCAGGUUUCCCAGGUGCUCAUGAUAUCGGAGCGCCUGGAGACUUCUUAGUACCUGCGAAUAUGGUCGCUCCUCCACCGCUCGCCUCACAAACCAGAGUGACGUCUCCCGGGGACAGCCGCUCACCAGCAAGCCGCCGUUCAGCGAGGGCGCGGGCCGGUAUGUCACCCAACAGGGCAUUUGAUGAUUAUUUUGCCGAGGGAGAGAUGAAGAGUAAGGAGCACGAUUAUACGCCGUCACGGAAGGGUACACCGCUCCCUCCGCCGCCCAAGGCUGGGGUCUCGCCAGCUGAUUUGAAGACCGCAGUCCCCGCCUCAGAAGCAAAUGAAGGUGCACCAGGGCCAACGCAUGAGGAAUAA